AUGUCGAACUUAAUCAUACAAUUGCUAGCUUCUGAUAAAUUUAGUGAUGAGGGAUAUUCGAACUGGAAAUCGAACAUCAAUACGAUAUUAGUUGUGGUUGAUCUAAGGUGGGUGAGGGCUAGUGAGAAAUCUCGGGCCUAUAUCUUAACAAGUAUAUAUGAUGUACUUAAUAAGAAGCAUGAGGUCAUGCCCAUCGCCCAUGAGAUAAUGGCCUCACUGCAGGAGAUGUUCGGGCAACCGUCAUCCUCUGUUAGACAUAAAGCCAUUAAGUAUGUCUACGUUACACGCAUGAAAGAUGGAACCAACAUAAGAGAAUAUGUUCUCGAUAUGAUGGUUCAUUUUAGUGUUGCAAAGGCUCAUAGGAUGAUGAUAGAUGAGACGAGUCAAACACAUCAAUCAAUGAUGAAACUGAAGGAAAAAGAAAUAAAUGUUAUUUCAAAACCUAAGAAGUUUUAUAAUGGGACUGCGUCUAGAACAAAACCCAUUGAUGAUAAUAAAUCUGGCCCUUCUUCUUCAAAUGAAAAAACUGUAUAA